CUACUUCAACCUGCAGUUGCACUCUAUGAUAGAACAACUAGGAGCGCCAAAUGAGCUGCAAUCUUUACCAAGCCAAUUUCAACCAACCCGAUUUUCAAACUGACACCAUGUCUAACUUUGGGAAGGCACAUCAAUCUUUGAAUGGUAUGAAGAUAUAUCCCUCCUCGUUGUGAAUGAGUGGGAAAGUAACAAUUACUUAUAUUAUGUAGUUUUCAAAAAACCUCUCAUUCUCUUCAGUAAAGACCCGAUGACGGGCUUUUAUCGUAAUGGGUAUUGUGAUGUUGGACCGGAGGAUAAGGGGAAUCAUGCGAUUGCUGGUUAGUGUCUUUCCACGCACACUCAAUUCAGAUACAAUCCAUAUGUCAUGAGCUUUGUAAGAAGAUUGCUGAUCGAUAUAAACCCAUCCGAAAGUUACACUCACGGAUUCCUUCCUCGACUUUACGGCUGCGAAUGGGAAUAAUUUGCGGAGUGCUGGGUUGACUGGUGGGUGCAAAUGGUGUGUUUGUGCUGGGAGAGUAUGUUAUCUUCAUCAAUGACAACUUCAGUUUGGAUUAAUUGAGUAAGACGCUGAUGCGAAUACGAAUUUAGUGGAAAGAAGCACUCGAGCAUUAUAAAAAGUCAGGCGAUGAUGCGGCGACGAAGAGUGUGGUUCCCAAGGUUCAUUUAGCGUCUACUCAUGAAAGGGCUUUGGAUGUUGUUUCGAUGGAGGAUUUGAAGUAUGUGUUUUCUUUUUUCCCCUUCCUGGCUCUUGAAGGUAUGGUGGAAUUGGAAAGGAUGCUAAUUUCUGUUUGUGAUAGGAAAUUUGCUGCGGAUCGGGAGGUACCGAAACAACUUGGAGAUAGGGAAAUUUGAAAAGGAUGGAUUUAAGGAAUCUGUAUAUUACUCUGGAGUCUGAACAUACUUCAAGAAACUAUUGUACUGUACUAGACUUCCUAAAAUCCUCGAGCUUAGUUGUCCUGAACUACUUAGGUUGA